AUGGAUUUGAUAGAACAGAAAGAUAAAUUGGAUGUUACAAAUGUAGAUGUUCAGGUAGUAAAAAAACCUUCACGACAUGGUUCGUUAUUACCCGAUACUAUACGUGCUAUACUAGUUGGUCCCAGUGGCUCAGGAAAAACAAAUAUAAUGUAUAAUCUGAUCACACAUGCAAACGGGUUAAGAUUUGAAAAUAUUUAUUUAUACUCGAAAACCUCUAAUCAGGAAAAAUAUGUUUUAUUGAAAAAAAUAAUAGAUGAUAUAAAAGGUGCUAAUUUUUUCAUAUUUACAAGCGCUGAUAAGGUUAUAAAACCAAACUUAACGAAGAAAAAUUCUAUUAUAAUUUUUGAUGAUGUGAUGUGCGGCCCACAAUCUGUAAUCAGAGAAUACUUUAGCAUUGGUAGGCAUUCAGGUGCCAGCUCCGUAUUUUAUUUAGCACAGACAUAUUCUAAAAUAUCAAAACAGCUUGUAAGAGAUAACGCAAACUUUUUAAUAAUACUGAAACAAGAUGAUACAAAUUUACGACAUAUAUUCAACGAUCAUUCGUCUGCAGAUAUGGAUUUCUCAGAAUUUCGGAAAAUUUCUCAUUUAUGCUGGAAUCAUAGCUAUUAUGGGUUUAUGGUUAUCGAUAAAACUCGAGAAAUGAAUGAAGGAAGGUAUAGAUGCGGUUUUCAUACAUUCAUUAAAAUAAAAUAA